UGAAAGUUGGUCAAUAUUCGCUUGUAAGCACACAAAUUGAAAACGCAUGGUUACUUUUCGUGGUUAAAUUGCUCGGCAAACUGAUUGACAAUGUUUUCUGUCAUCAAACUACGCAUUGACUGAUUCUGUGCCUUAACAUCCUACACCAAAAAUUAGCUUCACCUUCUCACAAUUAUAAAGAUCAAACCAAAACAAGUGAAAAACUACUCGUAAACUUUGUUUGUCCAAACAUUGAGUUGAACUCGCAACAUCAUAAAAGUUGCAGCGAUUGAAAAACCUGGAAUGUUCAGGAACAAAACAAGUCUUAGCUUACAAGAAAAUCAUUUUGUGAACGUUAUCUUUCUAUUCAAACUUUUCUGAACACGUACUAUUUGGUUUCAAACACGUACUUUUGAUGAUAAAAGUUGUUUAAAUAAAACUAUGAAAAAAUUGAAUGAGAAAAACAAAAAUUUUGCAAAAUCUCGAUACUUGUAUUGUUCAUUGUUACGAAAUUUGUUUUGAUUUAAUGUUACCAAUCACGAAAACAUCAGAACUCUAUCUCAAUUCCAUUAAAAGUUAAUUGCUGCCAAGAAUAAGGACAAAAGAUAAAUCAUCGAACCGAAACUCAAGCCCAAAAACAGGUAAACUGAUUUGGUUGAAGCGAGAUGGAAGGCAAUUUAACGUGUGAAGUUGAGAGUGCGAGUGAAGUAAACUGCAAUGGAACGCUGUUCAGUUCAGCCGACCAAUCAGAAGACAUGAUUGAGCCAUUCAGUCUCUACUUCUGGAUCUACCUGGGCAUAUAUGUUGGACUCGUCAUAUCCGCUGGUCUCGCUUCUGGGCUGACUUUGGGUCUCUUAUCUCUCGACACCACCAUCCUUCAAGUGAUCUCUCGUGGCUCCUCUGACGAGAAAGAGAGAAAGCAAGCCAAGGCCCUCCUUCCCCUAGUGAAGAGACACCAUCUUUUGUUGGUGACUCUGUUGCUGACCAAUGCGGCUGCAGUUGAGUCUAUGCCGGUGUUUCUGGAUCGACUGGCUGGUCCUGUGACAGCAGUUUUGGUAUCAGUCACUGCUGUGCUGUUGUUCGGAGAAGUAAUCCCUCAAGCAGUAUGUUCUCGUUUCGGAACUGCCAUCGGAUACUACGCUAGACCACUGGUGUACUUUUUGAUGGCUGUGACCUUUGUGAUUUCCUGGCCCCUCGCCAAGAUACUGGACUGUAUUCUGGGACACAACCAUGGCACCUACUACAAGCGAGGCGAACUGGGUGCUCUGGUGGACAUAUUAGCAGAUGACAAUUCUGAAAAUCCAGAGCCACUCUCACAAGACGAGAAGUCCAUCAUCAAGGGUGCUCUAUUGAUGCGUAACAAAGCAGUGGGCGAUGUGAAGUACACGAGUCUGCGGGAUGUUCACAUGUUAGACUAUGACUCAACAUUCGACCAGGACACCGUUAAUUAUAUCAUCAAUUGUGGCCACUCUAGACUGCCACUGUUCAGCAAGAGGAGGACCAAUCUCCAGGGUCUCAUCAUCACCAAGCGACUCAUAGGGUGUGACCCCACUGCUAACAUUCCCAUGCGAGACCUCAAACUCUACAGGGGGCAUGACAUUAAGAGAGUUCAUGAGAAACGGGCACUGUUCGAUGCUCUGAAUGACUUCCAGGCGGGGGAACAUCUGGCUGUGGUGACCAGACCAGUCCAGGUCAAGACAGACACAUUAGACACUGGAGAGGUGGAGUGGCUACCUUCUACCGAUGAAAAUGAUGUUCUGGGAAUCAUCACUCUUGAGGACAUUCUUGAGGAACUAUUGCAGGAACCCAUCUACGAUGAGUCAGAAUUGAAGAUGGAGGUUCUGAAGAGUCUUCAUAUAUCUAUGAAGUCCCCCGGCAACAUCGCUGCUUCCCAGAGAGGGGGAGAGGACAUGGCUUCCAGUUGGGCCAGUAGGAGCCAGAGGGUAGUCAGACAGCCCAUGUUUGUGAGACAGUCUUCAACUGGAAAAAUUGCAACACCGACUUCCAAAACACCACUACUGAAGCGAAAAAAAUCUGCCGGCAUGCGACAGCAGAAACAAAGCAUAACGAGUAACACUUAUUCAAGUGUGGGGGGAGGGGGAGAACAAAGCGACUUAGGGGGGUAUAGCUACGUACAGUACCACUAUAGACCCAGUUUGAACAGCUCUGGGGGUCAUGUUAAUUUUGGGUCAGCUAUGGAAAGAGAACAGACAGCACAUAAUAAUGGACCUGCUUUUAACUCAAAUAACACUGAUAGAGAAGCAUUGCUACAAAAUGACAAUAAAUGGUGAUAAAAACUCGAGCUAAAUUCUAUAUCUUAUCUCAUAUUUUUAUUUUUUUAAAAGUUUGUUUCAUGUGAAUAAAAUAAGUUGAUUUUUA